CUUGUGCCCCCCGGAAACACGCAGUGGCCCAUGCACUGGUGGAGCCAGGGGCAAUGCCCGCCCCAGGGCGGGUGCUGGGGAGUCAGGCCCUUCCCCACCGCCAGGGCCGGGCCGGGCCGGGCCGGGCCGGCUGUGGGCUGGCAAAGCAGGUUGGGGUCCAGCCUCUCCCUUCACGCCUUGCAUUGCCCCCUCUUCCCUUCCUCAGGGUGCCCCUGCCUCCCCUCCUCCCUUGUCAGAAACCUGCUUUCCUUUCCUGCUGGCUGGCGAGGGGGCAGGUCUGUUCACACCGGUGCGGAGUCUGUCCGCCCAGCUUCUGGUUUCGUGUAAAUGAGAGAAAUUGGAGUCGAAGCCUGUAUGUGUCUGUAGCCGUUCGCGCUGCCGCCCGGUGCGGCGGACUCCCCUGGCAGGCGGCACUGCCACAGCGAGCGUCGGGUCCAGCCGCGACCUCCCAGGGUUCUUCAGGAGAGUCCCAGGGUGGGGGUGAUGUGGGUUUUGGGGCGACCCAAAGUGGGUUUGCCCCGUAAUCCCAGCCUAAAAGCAUUUUAUUCAUAACAAUGUCAACAGUACACAGGGCUGGGGCUGGCGUGUGACAGCCAAGCUUCGAGUGGGGCGACGCGCUGCGCAGGCUUGGUCACAAGAGCCUGCCGGAGGUGGGGACGUGUUUUUCAGGGUAUCCUGUAAAGGACUUGGCCUGCUGAUCCCAUCGAAAACCCAGCUCCUCAUUGCAGGCAACAUACUUAUGGCCCAGACCUGAGGGGCUCUCCGUUGUCAGGGUGGCAGCGUCGGGUCGGGCAGGGCUCUGCCCAGGCUUCUUAGGGAGAGUCCCAUGAUGGCAAUUAUUUAUGGCUUGGGGUGACCCAAAGGGAGUUUUGCCCUCUGAUCCCAGCCCAAAAUAAGACCCUUAUUUUGUGCAUUGUACCCAGCCUGCAGGUAUUGAGGUGGUGGCAACUGGCACCCAAAACCAGGGCAUCAGGUGAAGCAGGGACGGGCCCAGGCUUCUUUUGGAGAGGCUCUGGGGGGUGACCCAGAAAGGAUGUCCCCCACAAUCCCAGCCAAAUCCAAGGUCUUUUUUCAGGGCCGUCUACUUACUUGAUGCAUGAUAUGAUUCUACAUUUUAUGAGUCAAUAUUCAUUUUAAUAAUACCCUGACUCUUUAGCUUGAGCAAUUCCUUAUGAACAACCUUUAAUUGUGCAAGGAUCAGCACUGAAAAAGGAACUGGGAGUGAGGAACAGAGUAAGAACCGUUGUGUUCGGCCAUGUGACUUCCUCCCUAGAGCUGGCUGGAUCCACGUGCUGCUGUUAGACAGCGGUGCUGUUACACGGCACUGCUUUACGGCUGUUCUCCCACUGCCCCACCCCAGAGGCGACUGCAUCUUGGCACCGGAAUGGGCCGUGCUCCUGGUGCAGUUGCUGGAGAGAAGCAGCUGGCCCAGGCACUCACCCUGUUGCACAACUGGACCAGGGAGGGGAGGUCACAUCCUGCCCCUUCCUUGCCCAGAUGUUCCCACUUCCCCUCUGGGCCCUGCGCUCCUCUCUGGGCAGAGAGGACAGGCUCCAGCACUGCUCCCUGCAGACGUGGGAGCUGGGUCUGAUGCCAGGAGGGACAAGUAGGGGAGCCAGGCUGCUGCACCAUGGAGCAAGGGGCCCCUGGCACCAUUCUGCUGACCCAAAUCUCGCCCCCCAGCACUAGGCCAAAGCCCCUGGAGAAGUUCCAGCGGGGUGAGCCACUGGCUGUGGGGGUCACGCAGGUCCUCACAGGCAUCCAGCAGGUCGCAUUCGGAACCGUCCUGAUCUUGACAUUUGACUUCCACUACCCUGCUCUUCACCUGGGAGCAGUUGUCUGCACUGGCCUCCUGUGUGUGGUCUCGGGCUCCCUCUCCGUGGCAGUCUCCAGGAACCCCAAGAUCCCGCUGAUGAAGAUGGAGCUGGCCUUGAACUCAGUGAGCGCGGUAGUGGCUGGCGUGAGCAUCGUGAUGCUCUGCUUAUCCGUGAUGUUCACCCACAAUGCCCACUCCUGCUACUGGCACCAGGGCAAGAGGAACUGUGACUAUCCCCCCAAGGAGGUCCAGGACAUCCUGCUCGCCCUCAGCCUGGUCCUCAUGGCGCUGACGCUGCUGCAGCUCUGCUUGGCACUGACCCGUGCAGCCUUCGGGUGCAAAGCCAUCUGCCGGGACAGCUACCUUGAUUUGGCUGUGAUUUACCAGGACACAGCACGUCCCACUGACCCCACCUGCACCGCAACCUCUGGGGCCCUGUGAAAUUCUCGCAGGACCAGCCAGGAUCAUGCUGGGCACAGAUCAGUGCUGGUUCUAGGAACAAGGAAGCAGAGACUGGAGGGGGUGUCUGUACCAGCAGCGUGAGCCUGUGGCACAGGAACAGCCACUGUAGCAAAAACCCCAGGUUGUUUGUUUUUUUUACUUAAAAAUACAUUCCCUCUUCUUCUCCAAA